UCGCGCGCUCGAGGCUGAGGCGUUGCAGUUCGCAGUCAACUACGCGCGUGUCGCGCCGAGAGUGUGCGUAUCGUCGCGAGUCCGCUCGAGUACGAGAACGAGCGACGUAGUGCGAGGAAGAAAUCGCUCGUACGUGUGUCCUGCAGUGCACAUUGCCUCCGCUGUGUCGAACGGAUCAUGCGACCGAUCUAAUUGGGUGAAAUGCGCGUCUCGCAUGAAUGGGACGUGCGAUCGAGACGCGUCAUAACCUCCUCUCGCUUCGCGAAAGCGAGCUGGCGUCUACGAUAGUAACAGUACAACCACACCGACGGCGAGGCUGACGGUUUUUCUCAGAGAAGAAGGAAGCGGAAGGAGAAUGACGAAGAAGGACCGGAAGCGGCAGUAGGAGCGAGAAAACAGGAAGAGUGGAAGUCACUGGCGAGAGACGGGACGGAGCGAGCGGGGAAGGAGGGGAUCGAGGAGGAACCGCGCGCGCGGCGCGCUAUCCUCGCAUCGACCUGGAAUGCCGACGCGAUUGUUUUGACGUCGUCCGCCGUCUGUGGCUAUUGCGCAUGAAAAAAAUCGCGUUGCCCUUGGCAGUAGCCUAUUUACCGAGAAGAGCGCGAGAGACGGCCGGCUACGCCGAUAAGGGGGCGAAUUUCGGCCAACCAGACGCCCACCUGCAAGCGGCAACACAACAGCAGCAGCUCACUGCCGCCAGGCGUCCGCGCGCGCGUUUCCUCGCCGCGCCGUAACACGUUUUCCACGAAAGUCGGGACGGGACGCGCGCGUUCGCUCGCUCGCGACCAAAGAGAAAGAAGGGGAGAGAGAGAGAGAGAGAGAGAACGAACACGCCUUGCCGUGAACCUUCCCUUGCCUGCCUGCCCUGCCUGCCCUGCCUGCCCUGCCUGCUUACCGUCGUUGUCGUCGUCGUCCCUCUCACUCCCUCCCACCCUCCUGCCGUUUGUGUGCAUGUGCGCGCUAGUCCGCUCGCGCGUGUUGCGUUCUCCGUCUGUCUGGUUAGCCGUUCGUCCGUUCACGUCUGUUCUGUCCCUGUGUGUGUGUGCAUGCGUGCGCUCACGCGCGCGCGCACACCGGUGUGUAUACACGUCAACCGUCGUGGACCACGCAGUAAAUCGUGUUAUUCGGAGCGAUAAACAGGUGCACCACACGGUGCUGCUCCUCGGUUCGUACGUUCGUUCGCUCACACGCGUGCACGACCGCACCUCGUGGUGGCUGCUCGCGUGCACCUUUCGACGACUGUCAUCCUUGUCAUCGUGGUCGGGAACGCGUGGAUUAUUCGCGCGCGCGGAAUGCGCGUACGACGGUGACUCGUCUGAGCCGUUAGGAGCCUCGAGGAACUGUUGUGCGUGUGCGUUCCGCGAACGGUUCCCUCGGCAGCACGUACCGAGAUCGGUGGCGGGCGAAAUUAGACGAAACCGCGUGACAGGUGGAUUCGAGGCGUGCCGAGACAUCGGGAGAAAGAGAAAGAGUGAGAGGCGGACAGAAGGGAGACAGAGAACGAGACGGCGAGAGGGAGGGAGCGAAGCGAGAGUGAGAGAGUGCCGUCGCGACAUCUCGGAGACGUCGGGCGCGAUCUCCUCCGACUGGUUUCGACGUCUUGGACGAAGAGAGAGAAGCGGGAGUGACCGAGUGUGUGUUGUUGUCGUAGUCUACGUCCACAUUCGCGACAUCGUCCUCGUCAUCCUGGUAUUUAUCGUCUUUGUCGUCGCGGCGGUAGCUACUGCGUGUUAUUGUUGUCGUUCCUUCCUAACCUACCUACCUACGACGAGAGGUGGACGGCCGCGUGUCGCGCACAAACGCCGACUGCACGCCGAAGAAGGGAAGGAAGAGGCGGUGCAGCACGCCCUCGAGGGGUCGCCGAUCGUUAUCAUCGGCGAGCAGCGGUGAAGGUCGGUAAGAGAGAAGACAGCAAGAGAGAAGGAGAGACACAGGGAUCAUAUUCGAACGUGUCCGAGCGCGGGGAAUCCCGUAGUUCCCUCCCGUGAUGAAUUUCCGUGCCGUUGUGCGUCGCGCGGCCUCUCGCUGAGGACAACGACGCACGUACGACGACGACGGCGGCGGCGGCGAAGACGACGCGUUCUUCUCCUUGGAUCGCGAGAGAGAACGCGAGAGUCACUUCGCCCGUUCGUAUGCACGAGGAGAAAGGAAGCGGUGGGAGCUGUUGGACCGUGAGAGAAGAGGUGCCAUGUGAAUGAUACGAAGAACCGAGCACGUCGUGUACGCGCGUUGGCAAGGAGAGCCUUUGACUGGUAACGACCGCUGCUGGUGGCCGCCACGCCGCUCGCCGUCGUGCUGACGAUGGCAUCGUCGAGCAGGGGCCCGGCGUCGCCCUCGGGCGGGCCCGUCAUCCGCUGCGGCCACCUGAAGAAGAUGAAGACACUGAAGAAGAAGUACUUUGUGCUGCGCGGCGAGGCACCCGGCUGCCUCGCCUGCCUCGAGUACUACGACAGCAAGAAGAAGUUCGAGAACCGGCAUCCGCCUAAGCGCAGCAUCCUACUGCACAGCUGCUUCAACAUCAACAAGCGGGGCGACACCAAGCACAAGCACGUGAUCGCGCUCUACACGAAGGACGAGUGCUUCUGCCUGAUCCUCGACAACGAGAAGGAGCUGGACGAGUGGCUGCAGGCGAUGCUGAGGCUACAGAGCGGCGACGUGCCCGACGGGGAACAACCGCGGCCUACAUUUGAACACGUGUGGCAAGUUACAAUGCAAAGAAAAGGUCUAGGAGCACGAAAGAACAUCCAGGGACCCUACAGAUUAUGCCUCACCGAUCAAACCUUAAGUUUAGUGAAAAUUGGAGAACAGGAUAAUUCGGACUCCAUCGAGAUUUUCCUGCAUUUCGUUAGACGUUGCGGAUUCGCGAACGACAUAUUCUACAUAGAAGUCGGCCGAUCCGCCGUAACUGGGGAUGGUGAGUUCUGGAUGGCGGUUGAAGACAACAAUAUCGCGCUCAAUAUGUACGAUGUAAUAACGACCGCGAUGAGGAAUUCGAAGAGUAACAAGGACGAGGUGGGACCUCGUCAGAGGAUGCGUAGUUCCUCGGCCAAUGAAGCCAGCAAACCGAUAUCCGUUCUACAACGACGGCAUACGGGUCAAAAGCUUCAUGGCUUUUCGCCUCUGGAGGAACAGAAGACACACAAGGAGCAAGUGGAACCGUUGCAGGAGCAGAUUGCUACUUCCUGUGCUCCUACACAGUGUAGUCAAUCUCGGAGUACCUCCUCCACCAAUACAGUCACGGCCGUUGCUGGUACCGGGGCUUGGACUGCUGGGAUUGCCACGACUAAUGCCAACUGUGCCGGUACCGCUAGACGUCGUCAUUCGGUAGCCAGUCAUCCUCAUUCCGUCAAUAAUUCCCAAUCCGCUCAUGUCACAACAGCAACAAAUACAAGUACAUCCAUGACCACUACUACCACCGUCACCACCACUACCAUCACCACUACAACCACCACCACUACCACCACCACCACCACCACCAUCACCGCGACCACUACAACCGCGACAAUAUCCCAUCAGAGAACCCUGUCGCUGCCCUUAGCUGCCGUUAUUAUCAAUCAAACGCAAUCAUCUAAAAGAUCAGUUUUACGGUGUACGACUGGGCGCGAUCGGUGCGACAGCUUGCCGUCGAGGGCUCGCACUACCAGUGAGGGUCAACCAACCACGGUAGUGUUGAACCAUCCCAGAGGAACCCAUAUCAUGUCCCAUGUGCCACGACCGCAUUCCAUGUGCGGACGCGGCCUCUCGUAUUCGCCGCCGAUCGCGUCGAUGCCCAUCAGUCCGGCGUCCGACGUCUGCUCGUCCGACUCGGCCGGAUCGUCGCCUUCAAUGGACGACUGCGGCGAGAACAUGUCCGAGGAAGGCACCGUCUCGCGAUACGGACACUCCCUGACUCCGGACGAGCAACCGGUGAUCUUGGAUAAGAAGGGUGACGACUACGCACCCUGGUCGACAUCGCAUUCGCAUCUCAAAUACUCGCCGAACUUCAAAUCUCAUUCGCCCUCUCAGAGUUCCUAUGGUGAAAUGUACAGUCCUUGCGGCUCGAGUCCAGGCCGCGGUGGCGCGUACAUACCCAUGAGCCCCGCGACGACGGUGCACUCGCAUUCCCGCGCGUCAUCCCUCGUGGAGGAGAGCAACGCGUUGUCCGAUGGUUAUGUGCCGAUGGCGCCGGUAGGAGACGACGGUUACGUUGAUAUGGAUCCUGUAAAUAGUCACAACGGUCACUUCCCGGACGACAUGUCGCAGCACGACGGCAGCAGUUGUUCCGUCACCUCUGGUACGCCCAGUACCGAUAUGCGUUUCUCCGAGUAUCAUUUGGACAAGGUGACUAGUUUCCUGGCUCCCGGAGAGGAUCUGCAAGCCAGACCGACCAGAGCUUACUCGGUUGGAUCUAGACCGGAGCCUGCGAACAGGCAUCGUAAGAAUAGGUUGGACAUCACCCCACAAGACGCCAGUAGAGUGCGAGCAUUUUCCGUAGGUAGUCGUUCCAAAAGACCCGAGAUUGGAAGGCUAGCAAACGUGGUCACCGCGCCGUUACCAGGCGCCGGCUCUGACGGCUCGAAUUCGAAUAAGUCCAGUUCCGCGCCGUUGUUGUCCAGCUCUUGGGGUCACAACUCGGGUUGCUCCGGCGCGUCCGAUCGUAUGGAGGAUCUCAUGGAAUUGGACUUUACAAGACCCAAUAUUCCUACUGCUCUUUCCUCGCCACCAUCAUCCUAUCCUCAGCCGCAGUCGCAACCGCAAUCGUACUCUACUGCCACCGACACCAGUUCCUACGUUGACAUGUCGCCCGGACAACCCCCCGUAUCGACUACUGCCCCAUAUGUCGAUAUGAGUGGCAUGAAUAAGAUCAAUCGCAAUAACAAUAACAAUACAAUCACUGCCAACCACAAUCAUAGCCACAUGCAUAUAUCAUCGUUAGCUUUCGCCCAUAAACCUGUAAUUACGACUUUGAAGCCGGUAGAGGAAGCGGAAGGACCUUACAUGAGGAUGGACGGAACUGCGGAAGAUUGGUCGCAUUCGGAAGCGAGCCCGAAACAAGUGUCGUCACUUAUGCAGGAAGAUAUCUAUCAAACGAAUGGACCGCCAGGUAGUACAAGAACGGCGCCGGUAGAUCUACCACAACCGAGGCGUCCACCGGAAGGAUACGUAGAGAUGUCGUUUAAGACACGUCCAAAUCUGGACCAGGACUACAUGAAUAUGAGUAUAGGCGCGAAUAAUCGUAAUAAUCGCAAGACAACACGAGUGGGUAACCGCAAAGAGAAAUCACGGUCGCAGCCUAUCGCUAUUCAGGCGGGUAGUAAGCCGUCAAAGACCCCGAGCUUUUUGCCAUUGAACGGUAGCCCGACAUCCGAGAGCCUGGCAAGCACACCCGCUUCGCCACCGCGAGCGACGCCUACGGGCUCUUCAGCCACGAUCUUCCCCUUCUCGUUGAACAGUCCGCAGUCGCCGGUGAAGCCGUUCACAGAACAGAAGAAGAGCGAGGAGUUCUCCGCGACGACGACGGACGCCUCGCCGAGCAAUGAUUACGCGAUGAUGGAACCUGCGAAGAAGUUCUGCGCGCCGCCGUGUUCUGUGCCGUCGACGGAGACAGUGCACGAUCCUACAUCGCGUGCGAAUCACGAGAAACCACCUAGUCCCGUAGACAAAAACGCCGCACGGAUUAUAUCGCACUCGCUGCCGUUGCAGGAACAACAUCAUAACGCGGUAGGCCCAUUGACGAAGAGACUCUCGGAUCUGACGGUGUCGAAACCGCGUCUCGUCACGGCCUCGCCGAAUACCAGCCCCACCUUGACGGGUUUUAAGCCGUCGUCUGUGCAGCAGCAGCAGCAGCAGCAGCAGCAGCAACAACAACAACAACAACAACAACAACAACAGCAGUCGUCGCCGAAGCCAUCCUCACCGAAGUUUAUCGACGAGACUCCUACGCCUACGCCGACGCCCACGCCGAGUCCGUUGGACAGCGAAGGCUACGAAAAACUGCAGCCGGGCGCGACGAUUCUGCACUACGCUAGUCUCGAUUUACCGGAGGUUAGUAAUCCUGCGCCUGUGUCGCCGGCAUCCGUGCAGGAGGGUCUCACCUACGCCGAAAUCGAUUUCGCUAAGCUCAGGCAGAACUAACGUAUUGCGUUGUUGUCCCGGUGUAGGCGCUCAUCGGCGCGACAACGAUGACGACGACGACGACGACGACGACGAUGACGACGACAAUGACGAUAACAAUAACGAUGACGACGACGAUGACGACACGACAUGGGCUGACGCCUCUUGUGUUCCCUAUGAUAGCAACGAGUAGGCAGGGUAUAUAAUAUCGAUCGUUCUGACAUUGGCUCGGCUGGUCUAAACGAGAAUAGGGCGCCGGAUAUAGGGACUGUGUAUAUAUAUAUAAAAAUUCGUUUCUUCGCUCUAAGCCUGACGGCACUCGCCACGCCGUUCGCCGAUCUUCCUAGCGUGACGGUCUUGGCGGUCUAUUUUAAAUCGUUUGAGGAAAAGAAAAGAACAAGCGUCGUUAGUACCUAUAGUUCUGGUUGUACUGCAUUGAUAUAGUAUUUUAUCGGAAUGAUGUAAAAUUGUUUUUAGCGUAGACACGCGAGAUAAGUAUAUUUAUUUUCGUGGCUAAUUCCGUGAAGGGCUCGCAAAAUCUGUUCGUGCGUACACCGUUUUUACAACGUUAAAACAGCCGAUAUAUAAGAGAGAAAAUGAACAAAUUCAGCAGGUAACUGAAUUGCUGGAUGAAAGAUGUUAUAUUUUAUUCAGUUAAAUAAUAUAAAUCUCUUAAAUUCUAGUUUCUGUUAGCAGAAUUGCUCGUUGUCUCAAAAUUUAUUUUGUUUUAUAUUAUAUAUUUCAGAUAUGCUGACAAAUCGAAAAGGGAAAAAAAGAAUAAGUCAAGUUUUCUGCAAGAUAUAUAUGUAUAUGUGUAUAUCAAGUUUAUAUUUAUAAUAUAUUCCUAAUGAUAUGACUACGAAAUUUAUUUAUGUUAAUUGUUUAGGAGAGCUGCGCUCUAGAUAACGUAAAUUUCUAUCUUUUUUCAUACGUGUAUAAAUUUUAACGACGCAUUUUCUUUUUUUUUUUUAUUUACGCAUGGUGAAUUCGAUGGAGCUGGCUUCGUUGAGACUCGUCAUCAUUGUUCGUACAAAGUACAGCAUGUGUUAUGGCUGCACGUUUAUUUUGGCGUUCUAGUAUUCUAUGCUAGUCAAAAUUGUCGAGUCCGAAUUUGAGACACGCUUCUAAUUUAUAUUUAAGAAAGCAGUCACAUUAUACGUGUGAAAACUUGCGCUUGAUAUAUAAAAAAACACCGGUUUUAUCAUUAUUCGAAGUCUUCUAAGAUUUCUAACGAAGUUAGAAUAUAGGUCUAACGCGAUCUACGGACGACGACGUUCGAACGAAAUUUCAAAAUGAAAAGAGAAACACGAGAUGUGAAAUUGUGAUCUGCAUUUUUUUUUUAUAAAAUCAAUAAUAUAGUUCUUGGGACCUGUGUUUGCACACAGGCACACGCACCGACGGUGGUAUUUUUCCGUCGUAGGUUCUGUUCGGAAAGCAUAAAAAAGAAGAAAAUAAUAAAAAUUCGAAGAAAGUUUCGAUCGAAAACUACGAUGUAUCGUAAAAAAAGCUUUAGAAAUAUCGCACAGAGGAAUGAAUGAAUGAACAGUGAUGUGUGUGUGUGCGUGUGUGUGUGUGUGUUAACAGUACACUACCAGAAACAUAAGUACUGAAAGCGAGUGUGAGAAACGUGAACCGAGUUGUCCUCGUUGACGAUGAGAUCAAUUAAGUCGGAUGAAAUUCUGUAGAUAGCGGACGCGCGGAAAGAAAACAGUUUACAGCGCCGGGAUAAUUAUUUGUGUCGCUCUCUCGGUUUCAUCCGCCUCCGGAAUUUGAUCCGAUUGUUUCCUCGCGAAGGGAAUGUUACCCGCCAAUGUUAGAUCGACAUCUCUUAGAAUUCGUAUUGCAGACAAGAUAGAUGUUCCGUACAAGUGCAGUAUACAUGUGUUGUCACGCUUUUCGUAUAAAUCAUGAACGGAGUCGGGUUAAUCCCCCGUCGCGGGAUAAUUAACUCGACUGUAUACAUAACGUACAUACACAUACACAGUCGCAUACACGUGCAUAUAUGCAUAUUCGGUCUGCAGGAUAUUCUGUGAAAGACGGUACAACCGACGAUGUGCCGUGACGAUAUCACGAACGAACCGAAGACGGAGAGAGAAAUGAUCGGAAAGACCUAUUGAGAAGAAUAAUGAAGCAAAGAGAAAAAAAG